AUGGUUGAAGCUCUUGUUUCUAAUAUCAUCCAGCAAUUGGCCACAUUCAUCGAAAAGGAGAUCCAACAAGAGGUAGGACUAGUUGUGGGUGUGAAAACGGAUGUCGACAAGAUCUUCCGUACUUUUACAAAAAUUCAGGCUCUGCUCAAGGAUGCCGAAGAGAGGCAAUUGACGGAAAAUUCAGUGCGGCUUUGGUUACAAGAUCUGAAAGAUGUAGCCUAUGACAUUGAUGACGUGUUAGAUGAAUGGAGGACUGGAACUCUCAAAUCACAAAUAGUGGGAGUUAGCGAUGCUCGCAUCAGGCCGACUAAGGAGGUAUGCCCUGGAAACUUGUUUUCUCCUUGCUUUUCCUUCAAGCGAAUUGGUUUGCACGGUGACAUUAGUCAUAAGAUAAAGGAGAUAAAGGAAAGGCUAGAUUAUAUUUCAAGUGAGAAAGAUAAGUUUGGAUUUAUUGAAAUCACUAGAAAUCAAAUUACAGAUGAGUCAAGGAGUAGAUUAGAAACUAGCUCAUUCGUUGAUGUCUCCGAGGUAUUUGGUCGCGACAAGGAUAGAGAUGACAUAAUAGACCAGUUGUUAAGAAAAGAUGACAGUCCACAAAAUGCGGGUUCUGAAAGGAUCCCCGUCAUUUCCAUUGUAGGCAUGGAUGGUAUGGGUAAAACAACACUUGCCCAACUUGUCUUCAAUCAUAAGAGGGUGAAAGCCCAUUUUAAUAAUAGAAGGUGGAUAUAUGUGUCAAAAUCCUUUGAUAAAGUGAAGGUUGCCAUAGAAAUUAUUAAAGAAAUUGGUGGGAAAAGUGUCCCCUAUGGUGCCAAUGUUUCAUGGGAACUUGUGUAUCAUCAACUGCUUAUUUCUGUUUAUGGAGAGGAAUUUCUACUCGUGUUAGACGAUGUGUUGAAUGAGGAUCCUCUAGAGUGGAACCCAUUGAGGUUUUCUCUCCGAUACGCUUCUCAAAAUAGUAGAAUUAUUGUUACAACAUGCAAUAAGAGGGUUGCAGACAUGAUGGGUACAAAAUAUGUCCAUAAGUUAGGAAAAUUGUGUGAUGAAGACUGGUGGUCAUUGUUGAGGUAUCAUGCCUUUGUUAGAGGGCAAAAUGCAGAGUGUGAGAAAUUGGAAGAAAUUGGCAUGAAACUCGCCAAGGAAUGUAAUGCAUUUCCUCCUUUGGCAAAGACUUUAGGAAGUCUUUUCUAUUUCAAAAAUUCAAAACUGGAUUGGCAAUAUGUGUCGGAAAGUGAUAUAUGGAGGUUAUCAAGUUCUGAUAAAACAGUCUUGGCUAUGUUACAAAGCUAUUAUGCUGAUUUCCCCUCUCAUUUGAAACAAUGUUUUGCAUAUUGUUCUAUGAUUCCAAGAGGUUAUUUAUUUGACAAAUUGCCCACAAUCAGGGAAUGGAUUGCACAAGGAUUUCUUAAUGAUAGGUUGGGAGUGAGCCGAGGAGAUUUGGAUAAAGUAGGUGAUGAAUACUUCAAUAAUUUGGUCAUGUGCUCAUUUUUUCAAAAGGACAUUAGAUAUUCAAAAGGUAGAUUUGAAUAUUAUCAAAUUCAUGAUCUUGUCUAUGAUUUUGCAAAAUCCCUUGUAGAGAGCGAAUGCUUCACUUUGACGAUUAAAGGUACUAAAGCUCUCCAAUUCAGCUUUACUAAUAAAGUCCGUCAUUUGUUUCUAUUAAUAGAAAAGAUAAAUAUGAUUCCUUCUUUCAUUUUCAAGGCAGUGAACCUGCGCACCCUCAAAAUCAAUGGACGAAUUCCUUUUGUUUCUUCUGACCUAUUUCGUCACUUACCAUGUUUGAGGACAUUAGAUUUGGGGGGUACUUACCUUGAAGAGCUUCCGAAUGAGAUAGAGAAGUUGAUACAUCUAAGAUACCUUAACUUGGCCGGGACAAGGGUUAAAGAACUACCUGAAACACUUGCUAGUAUGUACAACUUGCAAGUAUUAGAUCUGUCCGCAUGCCGGAAUCUUUUAAAACUACCUGAAGGGACUGGGCAGAUGGUCAAUUUGAUAGAUCUUGAUUUGACAGAAACUCUCAGACUGAGCUACUUACCCGAAGGAAUUGGGAGAUUAAGCACAUUGUGUGGUUUGUCAGACUUCAUUGUUGGUGGGGUGAAGAGAGGAGGAUGUAAGAUUGGAGAAUUAAAAGAUCUCAAUUUCCUCAAAGGUUCUCUACGUAUAAAAGGUUUGGGGAGAGUGGAAAAUGAGAGUGAGGCUAAGAUGGCAUGCUUGAAUAAUAAGGAGCACCUUCGUGCUUUGCAUUUCUAUUUUAGCCAGUCUACCAGUCUUUCACGAGUUAAUGAGGAUAUCAUUGACGAAGAUGAAGAAGAAGAAGAAGUUGAUGGGAAAGUUUCCUUGGAACUCUCUGAGUGUAGGAAUUGUAAGCAAUUGCCUCCGACUCUAGGGGAACUACCAUCCCUUCAAACCCUUGUAAUAGCUAAAAUGGAUAAAGUGAAAUCCAUAGGUGUCGAGUUUUUUGCCAUCAACAGUGCUACAAGAACGUUCUUCCCAAAGUUGGAAGUAUUUCAGUUGAAUGCAAUGUGGAAUUUGAAGAAGUGGGAUAUGGGAGUUGAAGAAGUUGGAAAAGAGUUCAUGCCACGUCUCCAGUAUCUUGCACUAAUUGAAUUGCCUAAGUUAAGCCUAUUUCCACCGCACCUUACCAAAGCUACAUCAUCCCUGAGGAAGUUGUUCAUAUGGGAAUGUCCAAAGUUGACUUGGAUGAUGCCACCUCCAUCUUCCCAUCUUCCUUCUCUGGAGGAAUUGGUUUUAAAAGAGAACGCAGGUUCAUUUUCAAAAUCAUUUGUCCCAGUCAACGACCACAUGUUUCUUCCCAAGCUCAAGUUGUUGUGUGUGAGAAAAUCACCUUACUCUUCCUUACCUCAAGGAUUAGGGAAACUCAAAUCACUUGAGAUUCUAGAUAUCCGAACCUGUUCUAAGAUCAAGUCAAUUUCUUCUGAGUUGGGGGAGUUGCAGCAUCUCACCGCACUCCAAGAGUUGAGGAUCAUGAGGUGUCCUGCCUUGAGACGGCGUUGCCAAAAGGAGAUUGGAGAAGAUUGGAGCAAGAUAUCCCACAUCCCAAAAAUCUUCAUCGAUGGCGAGAAGAUCAAAUGA